AUGCCUUUCAGUCUAUCACUCCCAGAGGAUAAUUUCAUGGAUGAUAUCGGAAACCCAAGCCCUAAUAUUGUUCGAAGCAGCUGCCAGUCAGUAGGCAGAGAAGAUCAUAUAUUAGAGGUGAAGACACCCACUCUUUGUCAGCUUUGCAUGCUAGAUAAGGUAAAAGGUAGAGUUGUUGUGGCUAGGGGAACUGUAUUCCCGACGAAUAAUGAAGGGGGUAACAUGAUUCAUAAUAAUCCAGUUGCCACUCAAAAUGUUAGAGUGUCGGUUGAUGAUGUUGUACCAGAAUUUCAAAUGACUCCCCUUCCAGUGCCCUGUUCUGAACAUGAAACAAUAGGAAAUGCUGAGGGUAGUUUUGUGCAGUGGCCUAAGGAGCUUGUGAUCUUAGGACAGGAUCCUGUGUUGUUGGAGAAGAAAAAAGGCCCGGAAAAUGUUGUUAAAAGUUCAACUCAGAAUUGUCGAUCUUUACGCUACUUGCUUGAACAGUCUGGUUCCAAAGGUGCAACCUUUAUUUUUCAAGAUGGAGGAGUUCCUAUAUAUGUGACAUAUGAAGAUGUUGAUCAAUUUCUGAAAAAGUGCUGGUUAAAUAUACCCAUCUUGGAAAUCUUUUUGAAGUACAUAGCGAAAUUGUGCAAAGAGCUGAACAAUGAUACAUUUGCAUUUAUGUCACCAUCUAGACUGGUGAUAAAUCACAAGCGUGAUUAUAAACGUAUAGAGGAAGUGAGUCAGUAUAUGACAGAGUUUUUAGGUACGAACAAAGAUAAGCGUUUUAUCUAUGCACCAUACAUCCAAGAUGAUCACUGGAUGUUGCUUCUGUUUUGUUUGGAAGAAAGUGUAAUUUAUGUGUUCGAUUCGUUGAGAAGGGAACGAGAUAUACGGUUGACGACACCUGCACGGACCGCAUUUAAACUGUAUGUACUGCAAGGUGGCAGGAAAAAUAACAGAAAGGAAUUUCUUUGGUAUCAUACAGAUGUUCAGUGUCCUCAACAAGUAGGAGGUACGGAGUGUGGUUUUUUUGUUAUGAGGUACAUGUAUGAAAUAAUCAUGCUUUCUCAAAAAAAUCCUAACACCAAGUGGAAAGAGGGCCUUGGUUCAAGAACGUAUACAAAGAAGGAAAUUAAUGAGGUGCGAGAGUUGUGGGCUGAAUAUUUUACAAUUGAAUGUCUAUAAUCAGAUAGUUGACACUUUGUGGAGGCCACUUCAAGCUUUUUCAUGACGUGGACGAGUGAAGACAGGGGUAGACUUAUUCCUCCAUUGAUUUCAUAGACCUUUUUUAGUGUUAGACUUGUACUUUCACAAAAAGAGAUGGGGGUAAUUUGAUUCUAAUGUACAUACUUGAUUCCUAAUCGAGUUCGUGUUAUUUAAGAUUAGUUUAGUGUUAGACAUUUGGUAUUUGUUGUUGGAUUUCCUAACUAAUGC